CCAUGGCAACGCCGCCGGAAAUCCCUGCCCUGCGCGCCGCGGGGCGUGCUGGGAAACGUAGGCCUCGGUUUUGUUUUAUUACCGCGCGGUGCGUGCUGGGAAAUGUAGUUACUGCUGUGUUAACGGUGUGGCUGCGGCGCGGCUCGCGGUGCACGCCGGGAGUUGUAGUCCGUAGCUCCGCCCCCCCGGGCCGCGCCAGGGCUGCCGGGAAGCGGCGCCAUCAUGGCGGAUCCGCCGGAGGAGGCGGGGGGCGGCCCGGCCGCCGGGCCGGGGGUCGCGGGGCGCCCCCGGGGCCGGCAGCGCUUGGAGGCGCUGCUGAACCGCAGCCUGCGCAUCCGCAUGUCGGACGGGCGGACCCUGGUGGGCGCGUUCCUGUGCACGGACCGCCAGAGCAACGUCAUCCUGGGCUCGGCGCAGGAGUUCCUGAAAGCUGCAGACGCGUUCCCAGGCAGCGAACCCCGAGUUCUGGGGCUGGCCAUGGUCCCCGGGCACCACAUCGUGUCCAUUGAGGUGGAGCCCCCCUACCCCUGAGGGACCCCGGAUGGACCCCAAAACCACCUGGGAGAUACCAAGAGACCCCCGAAACCACCUGAGAGACCCCGAAACCACCUGAGAGACCCCAAAACCACCCGAGAGACCCCAAAAACACCUGAGAGACCCCGAAAAACAACUGAGACUCCGAAAAACAACUGAGAGACCCCGAAAAACAACUGAGAGACCCCAAAACCACCCGAGAGACCCCAAAACCACCGGAUGGACCCCAAAAACACCUGAGAGACACUGAGAGACCCCAAAAACAGUGGAUGGACCCCAAAAACAUCUGACGAACCCCAAAACCACUUAAGAGACCCCAAAAACAGUGGAUGGACCCCCUGGAUGGACCCCAAAACCCUGAUGGACCCCAAAUGCUGGGACAGACCCCCCCAAAAACCAUUGGGCCCCCGCCAGGACUUUGAGGUUCCCCCUCCCCAGUGCCUGGACCCCCGACCCCCCAAAUUGUCCCUGGGGGGUUUGGGGGUCCCCAUUAAAGCCCCCCCUUGGUGACGCUGUCCCCGUGUGACGCUCGUGGCUGUCCCCA